AUGCCCUCCGAGAUGGCCGCACGCUCCGCUCCCCACAGCACCUACGACCCGCUGCCACCAACAUACAAACAAGACCAGCUGCUCUUGGCCAAACAGACCAGUACAACCAUCAUGUCCGAAGAAGCCAUGAUCGAGCACCGCACCGACGCCUCCGGCCGCUUCACCGACAAGACCUAUCUCCCGAUCUACGACCCGGACACCCUCGCAAAGCAUACCACCAAAGACGACAAUCCCGACAAAGUCCUCUUCUUCCGUAGCCUCUCCACCGCCGCCCAGGGAAGCGAGCACAAGAUCACCAUCAUUAGCUGCGGCCUGCUGGUCAUCUCCUGGAUCAUCUCCCACCAGCUCACCAAGAUCGUCGCCCGCUGGGCUGUGCUCGAACCGGAGAACUACACCGACACCCUCGCGACCCUCAAGAUCUGGAACAUCGUGUGCGGCUUGGUGCUGCUGCAGACUGCGAUUCCAAAGUUCUUGCAGUGGGUCACCCCAGCGUUCCACGUCGCCAAUGCUUUGCUGGUGCCGUUCAUGCAGGCUGCGUUCAUGCUCAUGGCUUGCAAGGCUUUCGCGGUGGAGAUGGGGGUUUUGUGA